UUCAUGAAGGACUGGUUGGGGGAAGAAGAGUCAUACCUGCACACGAUGUUAGAGCAAGAGCGUCGGAGGUAUGAUUCAUGUCAACAUUGUGGGCAGGCAGACGUGACCUGGAGGUGUCUAUCAUGCCUCGGCGUGCGGGAGACUUGCCAAAGCUGCAUGUAUUCCACACAUCGGAAGCUCUUGUUCCACGCGCUGGAGAUAUGGAACAAGGAUCACUGGGAGGCGGCAUCAUCAACAUCACUGGGCUUAGCCAUCAAUGUAGGACAUGACGGUGACAUAUGCCCACAUGCAGAUUUGCCUUCCUGGCACAAGGGUAAUCAUGACGCCGACAAUUGGAUGGAUGUUGACGACGCCGACGCCCAGUCCAGCAUGCACGCCGAGUCCAACACGCACACCGAAUCAAACAAGGUUGUUGCACAGGAGAUCAUGGAUUAUCGAAGAGGGAAGCAAUUGAAAUUGUACGCCGACGCCGACGCCGACGACAACCGCGACAAUCGACGCCGACGACAACAAACUCACAUCACUGUAGUUGAUGUCUCUGGCGUCUUUGAGUUGCCAAUUAACUGGUGUAACUGUGAACCUAAGACUGCCCAUCACAAGCAACUCUUGAACAUGCGAUUGUACCCUGGGUCUCAGAAGUCACCAAGGACGGCUUUCACGUUUGACGUCCUUGAUGACUUUAUGGUCGCGAACCUGGAGACAAAGGUUGCACCCAAUGCAUACUGGAGACGCCUAAUCCGCGUCACAAACACUUACCAUCCAGACGUGGUUCCAGAUCGGUACCGUGAGCUGACCCGGUGUGCAAGACAGUGGCUAAGACUGACAACACGGUAUCAACAUGGACAUGGUUACGGUCUGCAGGAAGAGGAAACAUCUGUGGGGUCACUGGCACCCUUCUGCGUAGCAUGCCCACAGCCAGGUAAAAAUCUUCCCGAAGAUUGGAAGGACACUGGGCCAAAGUGGCUCCACUAUCGGCAUCUUGUACUUGACGGCAAUUUUAAGCAGCAAAAUCUCCACAUGCGGCGUCCUGAAAAUGAUGUUGGCUUUGCCGAUGGACUCGCAUACACGGUUAACAAGGAGAAUUAUGAGUCGCACUUGGCCAGCACACAUCGUAACUACUCGAAAUCAACUUGCAACAACCACCGAGCCACACAGUCCAAGCGGCGUACAAACCACCUCCAGUCCACCGGCAUUGUCUCUGUAGCAUGUGCCAGGCACGGCGGGUUUGUCCCAAAUGCAACAGCCGACUUGAAAGCUGGUGAAAGCCAAGCAAAUUCCGACGCCGUUGCUUCAAAUGCAGGCUGGCAGUGGCCACUGCUCCUCGGCGUCAUCUUGUACUAUGACAUCAUGUGUCAGUACAUUAUCAACUUUGCCAAACGCAUGAAGAAAAGCAAGCACUUGUCUUGGCCAGAUGGGGUGGAGCUCAUCCCUGCGAUCGGACUCUUCCACGUCCAUGGCCACAAGGAUGAAUGUGUUGCCAAGUUCUCCCCAACAUUUAUUGAAGGUACUGGCCACGUCGAUGGUGAAGUUCUUGAAACUCUGUGGGCAGCAUUGAACGAUAUCGCGGCAAGUACAUUGAACAUGUCAACGUCAUGGCGGGUGGAUGUGCUCAAUGCGCAUAUGCGCUGGUCCAACCUUCGAAAGAUAAUGGAGAUAGUCAAGACGACCAGCCAAAGAUGGAAGAAAGCACUGCAGCGUUACGCCGAUGCCCUUGAGGAUUACAACGACUUCACUGACGUCUGCCCAGAAGAUAAGGUCAAGGAAUGGAAAGCGUUGAUUAAGAAAGCGUACGCCGACCGACACAACAACCUGGACGCCAACAUGCUUUUCGAUGUGAAGAUUGGUCAACUUCCUACGCGUGCGGCGUGUUCAGAGACACUUUCAAAAACACUAUCCCAGCGCAAGGACAGGAUUGCAAGAGGACAUUCAUCCUCGAUCGACAAAGACAAGGACGACCUGACCGAUAUUAUUCGCUGGAUGAACCUGGGGAUUGAUAUCGAAGAGUUUCAGCUGAGGAUCCAAAGCUUCAUUAGGCAGAUGGGUCGGCGUGUUCAGCGAGGUGAUCCAGCUCGUCUAGAGGCAGAUCGGCGUCGGCUCAUGAUCAUGAUCGACGCAUUCUUGGAGGAGGCACCAGCCUAUAUGGGUGAACUUAUUGUUGGCCGCGAUAACGCUGUCACCAUCACACUUGAUAUCACAGGUGGGGACAACGUCGACAUCAUCGCCAGCAGUCAUGGAUUCGACGAUCACCUGGACCAGGACGAUAACGCCGAGGAUGAUAGCGACGCUGCCCAGAUCAAGCCGGAGCAACGCACAAUCGGUCUCCCAUCAGCAUUCGGUAGAAAGGAGUGCAAGGCCCAUGGAUUGGGGCGCCUCACCGCCAUUGAAAUGGAGCUGCGCAAGGGCCAGGCACAUGAUGCCAUCCAGAAGCUACGCGAGUAUAUUGGCAAGAAAUCUGUCCUAUAUCGCACCGAUAUCAGGAGCGCUCGGCGCAGCCAGCACAAAGCCGAAGCAGCCAGACAACGGGUUGAUGCCCAGACGGCAAAGAUUAACAUUCAUCGACUUUAUUAUAACCGUGCAAGAGAGGCCAUGCUCGAACUAGCCAAGAAGCCACGCAAGAUCAAAGAGUACAAGCUUAUGACGAUCCAGGACCUCACUGCUAGCACGUCUUUGUUGAACCCGUCCGAGAGGGGAAACCGGCAUAGAGGCCUUCCAUGGCUGUGGUCCUUAGACAUU